UGAAUACUAGGCAUAAGUUAUUAACUUGAUUCUUAUACCAAGAACAUCACAAUGAAUCUUGGCGGGAGCGCUCAAGGCCUACUUGCGGUUUCAAUUCUCUUCCUGAUUUUGACCUGGACUUCAACUGUCGCUCGCAUAUAUGUACGAAAGUUUAUGCUGAACAGUCUCGGGGCAGACGACUACCUAGCUGCAGUAUCUCUGAUCUCAUUUACGAUAUUCGCAGCCUUUGCAAUCCAGGGCACGCGUUUUGGCCUAGGCGACUUCCUCCCUCACAAUACACCAAUGUGGGUGCAAGUUACGCAGCUCAAGUGGUUUCUGCUCUCAACUCUUGUCUACCUCAUCACGAUCUCGAUUCUUAAGGUGUCAAUCGGAUAUACAUUGCUUCGAUUCGCACCCACCAAGAACUAUAGGAUCACAAUCUAUGUCUGUAUGAUUGUGACUGCCGUUGUCGGUAUAUUUUACUUCUUCUUUCUGCUUCUUGAGUGCACGCCCACGUAUCUCUUCUGGACGGCCUUGGCCCAAGAUAAGAACUGUCGUGACGCACGCAUCGCUGGCGGUGCAGCGUAUGUGCUCUCCGCUGUCAAUGCCUUGACUGAUUGGGUCUUCGGCAUCCUUCCCAUCGCCAUCGUGUGGAAGCUCAACAUGACUUUGUGGAAGAAGACACUGGUAUCAGGUAUCCUAGCUUUAGGAAUAGCAGCGAGCAUCGCAACUCUGCUCCGCAUCAGCUCCAUCGUCAUCUUCACUCAGCCCACCACAGACUCCGAGCCCAACGGCAUUGGCGGCAUAGUCCUCUGGUCCAUCAUCGAGCCAGGAAUCGGCCUUACAGCCAUCUCACUCGCCGCCAUACGCCCUCUAAUAGCCACUUUUUCCAGCCGCUUCCGGUCAGCGCUAUCAUCCGGGCAGAAGACUACCGCGAACUCCCGCACCGAGAUUCGCGUGCAUACGGACUUUGAGCUUUUGGAAGAGGGUGCGGAUGGGCGGUCGUCGAGAAAUAAGUCGGCGAUGAAUGUGGCAGUUUCGAAUGAUGCAAAGUAUGAAGUUGCUGAGUCGUCAGAGAGAGGGCGAAGGCCGUCGAGAGUGCAUGAACAGGUAUAAUAGGGGCUGGCAGGGCGAAAUGGGCGUUUUGGAAUGUAUAUAAGGAAUGGUAUAGAUGAAUGAAUUGAUG